AUGUCCUGCGUCUACGACAAACCCAUCGUCGACAUCACCCAGUAUGUAUUCCACUACCACAUCGACGACGAAAAGGCCUGGGCAGCUGCGCGCGUGGCCCUCCUAGACGCCAUGGGAUGCGCCAUCGAAACACUCUCCACGAGCGAGGAGUGCCAGAAACUACUGGGCCCGACUGUGCCAGGCACAGAGGUCCCCAACGGCUUCCGACUGCCAGGGACAAAUCUCAGCCUGGACCCGGUCAAGGGAGCAUUCGACAUGGGCACUUUAAUCCGGUACCUGGAUCAUAAUGAUGCGCUAGGCGGCGCAGAAUGGGGCCAUCCCUCUGAUAACCUCGGCGCCAUCCUCGCCGUCGCAGACUGGCUAUGUCGCGCCUCCGCAUCAGGAAGAUACAAACACGCCGGCCCCCCACUCACAAUGCGCACAUUGCUCACCGCGCUUAUCAAGGCAUACGAGAUCCAAGGCUGCUACCAGAUCAGGAACGCCUUCAACGCCUUCGGCAUCGACCACGUCAUCCUUGUCAAGCUGGCCUCGGCCGCCGUCGUGGCCUGGCUCCUCGGUCUAACCAAGGAGCAGACGCUGGCGACGCUCUCGCACGUCUGGAUGGAUGGCCAUCCGAGCAGGGUGUACAGGACGGGCGCAAACACGAUUCCACGGAAAGGGUGGGCGGCAGGUGAUGCGUGUAUGCGUGCGGUGCAUUUGGCUCUGCUGGUGCGUGCUGGCCAACCUGGCGCACCGACGCCGCUGAGUUCGUUGCCGUUUGGGUUCUAUGCGCGGGCGUUUGGGGCGAAUGGGUUCGAGAUGGCACGGCCGUUUGGAGUGUGGACGAUACAGAAUGUCCUGUUCAAGGUGAUGCCGGUUGAGGGGCAUGGAAUUGCGGCUGUUGAGGCGGCGCUUGUGCAACUUCGUAGGCUCCGGGCGAGAGCGCUAGGACCGGAAUGCAUUGCUAGGGUUGAGGUUCGAACAACCCAAGCGGCAGAUUCGAUCAUCAAUAAGCGAGGGCCGCUGCAUAAUGCUGCCGAUCGUGAUCAUUGCAUCCAGUACGUGAUUGCGCUCGCCUUUCUGAAGGGCUCGGCGCCGGAGGCGAGGGACUAUCGCGAUGAGAGUUACUGGGCCAGGAGCGAGGAGCUGGCUUCUCUGCGAGAGCGGAUCUUCAUUCACGUUGACGAGCACCUUACGAGAGACUAUUUGGAUCUAAAUAAGAAAAGCAUCGGCUCCGCGCUCACAGUUCACCUGCAGGAUGGCACUGAACUGCCCGAAGUGUUGGUAGAGUACCCGGCCGGUCAUGUGCGAAAUCCUGCCACAGCUCGAGCGGUCCAAGAGAAGUUCGCCAAAAACAUGCGGCUAAUGUUUACCGAGAAGGAGAUCUCGAAGAUCCUCCAAGAGGUUGAGAAGGACGACCUACCCAUCAUGGAUUUCGUCGAGCUUUUCGCGAGGCAAUCAUCACCAGGUCCGAGAUUGUAG